AUGUCUGACAAUUUUUGGUUCAAUGAUGAUGCCUUCCUGGGUAGUAAUCAAAACGACAACAGUAAUUCGUCGAAUAAUGAUGACUUCUUGAAUAAUAUUUUUGACCAAAAUGCAGAACAACAGCAAGCACAACAGAACGUACGACAGGCGGCUAAUCAAUCAUCGUCAAAUAACACACCUUCAGCUCCACAAGAUAUAAGUCCAGCAGCCAUAUUGGGACAGCAACAGAGUAUUAAUCCGCAGAUGUUUAUGAGACAACAGCAACAACAGCUUCAAGAGCAACAACGUCCUCAGCAGCCUCAACAAGCUCAACAAUCUCAACAGCCUCAACAGUUCCAACAGCCACAACAACUGCAACAACCUCAUCAGACACAACAACCCGGACAAAAUAGCCAACAGGCUUUAAAUCAGGGGAGAAAGGAACAACUAUUGAGGAUGAGACAACAAAUUAUGCAACAGCAAAUGCUUCAUGCCCAGCAAACACAACAACAAUUUCAACAACCUCAGCUGUUAGCUGGAUCGGCAAAUGCUAAUAGUAACAUGACUCCACAAGCACAAGGUGCUAUGCGUCUUAAAAAUAUGGAAUUACAAGAAUCUUCUUCACCAAAUACAUUUUCAAGAUCGCAAAUCCCAAAUGCUUCCCAGCCUGCACCAUCCAUGGGUAAUAUAGGUCAGUCUCAAGGUCGGCCCCAGCCACAGAUGACACAACCGCAAAGUGCAUCAAAUUCGUACUCCAACAGUCCUGUCAACAAUAUGGUCUCGCCCCAGGUUCAGAGUAAUAUGCCCCAAAGUCAGCAGCAGACACCUCGUUUUUCAAAUCCACAAAUUUCUCAACCCUCAAUACCGCCCCAAGGUCAGCAAGGUAAUAAGCCUCCACCAGCUCAAAUCGCUCAAUUACAAAUUGAAUUGUUUUUAACUACUUUGAAUGAUUUCAUGAACCGUCGUGGUUCACCAAUAUCACAACCACCAGUAGUUAAUAACAAAAGAGUUAAUUUGUUUUUCUUGUACAUAUUAUCUCAUAAACUCGGGGGACCGCAAGCGUUAAUAAAAGCGUUGCAGCAACACUCUCAACAACAACCUUCGCCGUGGUCAACUAUUUGUCAGAAAUUAGGUCUUUAUGAUGGAGUUAACAUCCAACAAGAUGUGGCACUGAAAGCUCGGAUUGAGAAAGAAGUUGGAAAUUGUUAUGUUCAGUAUUUAUUACCAUACGAGCAAUAUAACAGUACACCUGAUGGCCAGAAGGAUAUUCAGCAAAAAAGGCUUCAUUUUCAAAAACAGCUUCUCGUUAGGUUUCAACAACAGCAACAACAGCAACAACAGCAACAACAACAACAACAACACCAACAACAACAACUGCAGCUGCAUCAAGGAUCACCAGUACCAAAUAUUGCCCAAGCUCCCCAACCACCUCAUCAAGCAUCACCACAAGGAAGUAAUAUUGCGUCUCCAGUUGUUAACAUGCACCUGAAUAUGAUGCAACUGGCCCAAAGUCCCGUAAUGAGCCAAGCACCUACACCACAACAACAGAGAAAACUUUCUCGUGUUAGUAGUAAUCAAAAUUCUCCAAACGUACAAUCUCCAUAUAUGCAGCAGCUGAUCUCUCGUUCAGGCAGUAUAGUACAACAGGCUCAGAUGAAUUCACAACAACAGGCUCAGAUGAAUUCACAACAACAGGCUCAGAUGAAUUCACAACAACAGGCUCAAAUGAAUUCACAACAACAAGCUCAAAUGCAGCAACAACAACUUCAAAUGCAACAACAGCAACAGCACCAACAACAACUUCAAAUGCAACAACAGCAACAAAAGCAACAACAGCAACAAAAGCACCAACAGCAGCAGCAAUUGCAGAGACAGCAAAAAGUAGCAUCUGCUAGAAAUUCGAACGUCGAUAUUUUGGGCCAAAGUUCAGCAUCUGAGUCUCCAAGAAUUCCAGAUCAAAAGGACCCACAAUCUGUUACUCGACCAGCGUCAACUACUUCUGAACAUGAUGUCAAAAGUAAACCCCAAGAACCUAAUGUUGUAAAAAAUUAUGUUCCAAUUCGUAAGGUAAUUGAGUCACAUGCGGGAUAUGAUAUUAAGUCAUUAUCAACAGUUGCAGGUGAAAUCGAAAUAACCAAGCCAGUAUAUUUAUUUGCUCCAGAGUUGGGCUCUAUAAACAUUCAUGCACUUACUAUGGCUUUAAAGAAUUACAGCUAUUCCAAUAGAGGAGAAGUAUUUAGUGCCUUGAACACUUUAUUAGUUACAACUUCAGAUUCCAAUUAUGCUUUCAAAAUAUCUGAUUGUUCCGAAUUAUUGGAUUCAUUGGCAACAUUGGGAUUAACUGUACUAGAUCAACUUAUAGAGGACAAGGAUAAUAGAAGGAAGGAAGAGGAAUACAUUGAAACAUUUUCUUCGAAUAAUAAUAUUGAAAAUAUCUUCGACAGAUACGUAAAUAACAAGAACACCAAUGACAUGGUUGAAGAAGAUAUUACGUACGUAGUUGAUUCUUUGACCGGGCAGCUCGUUGAAGAUGAGGAUUCCGAUAUGGAGAUGGAUGAAGUGUUUUCGCCUAGUGAAUGGAAUUCUACGUCUUGUACUUCUGAAUCAAAUAGUCCUAAUGCUAAUCGUGCUGAUAAUGAAACCGAAUUUUACAUUACUGAUUAUAUGUCUACGUUGCUCAACUUCAGAAAGGAAAAUAAAUAUCACUUCAGCAAAAUACAAACAAAAAAUGCCAUGGAUGAUCAAAUUAUGCUAGUUGAUCAAUUAAUCACUAUAACCAUGAUAUUGCGAAAUAUUUCGUUUUCUGAGGCAAAUAGAACCAAGAUGUCUAAGAAUGAAAUAUUCAAAAAUUUAAUUUUUAAGAUUGUUAAAGCUAUUGCAACUACAUCAAAGAGCUUUGUAUUCCAUAGAAAAAGACUAUGUUUGUUAAAGGAUUGUCUUCUCAUGUUAGAUAAUAUUGCUUUCACUGUGGAGUUAACUUCAUUAGAAGAAGCUUUCUUAGCAUUUGUAUUGAUUAGCUCCUUUGGACCAAAAUUGGAGGAUGACUUUGACAUUCCAAAGGUCAAUUUGGAUGUCUACUCAUAUUUACCAUUUGGUAUCGACGCAUUAACGAAAUUGUUGGUUAGGGAACCUCAUAAUAGAUCUUUAAUGCAAGCUGUGUUAACUGGUAGUUUGAAUAUUUCUCCCUCAACUUACUCAAGUGCUAGUACUCUUAAUAUUACACCAGAGGAUCAAGCGGAAACGAAAAGGUUAAUGUUGGCGUUUUUGGAUGGUGACGAAGAAGGCCUCAAAUCGGGAAAAUUAUUAACUAAGUCAUUCCAAUUGUUUUUAUGUUUAAUUCCCUAUGAAUCAAGCACAUAUGAGUUUUCGAAGUUCAUUUUCACGCGAUCUUCUACUGUAUCUCAAGCUCUAUUUGGGGUAAAGCUCAUUAUUGAUAUGGUUCCAGUUGAAGAUAGCACAUCUCCUUUAAGUAACAUAUCGGUAUUGUGGAUCCUUCAUAAUAAAGAAGUUAUACUCUCAAAUUUAACGAGGAUGUCAAUGUCUUUAAUUGUGGAAGCUUCUAAAUUGCAUCCUAGUACUAAUGAAUAUAAAAUACUAUCUUUAGUAUUAGUGAGGUCGUUCAUUAUGGUUAAUUCAUUAGUAAAUGAUGCCAUUAAUACUUACGAGUUUUUAAGCGAUGAUAAUCUUAAGAGAGAGAUAAAGGACCUUGCAAAGCUCUCUAGGGUUAUUCCAGAUCCAAGCUCGGCAUUAGACUGUUUAUUGUCUCCGGCUGUUGAUGCCGGUUUGAGUAAGGAAGUAAUCCGUCUUCUUGCUUUAUUAAGAAGGUUAUCAAAGGACUGA